CUAAGUCGGAGGAACACGCGUGAGUCUAGCAGUACCCCGGCGGGGGCGGGGCAAAACCCCACACCAGAGUGGAUGGCAGGGAUGGAUGGAUGGCACGAUUGCGAUUGGGCUCGAGCUGUCAUGGGGCUUUGAAGUGUUGCUCGAGCGACACCCAAGCUAUUUCAAGGCUUACUUGAGCAACACUGUCUACGCGGCCAGACUUACAACAUAACGCUGUGCCAAAACUGCUUGAGUCUUGACGAAGUUAUAAAAGCCCCGGCUCGCUGAGCCUUGGGCCAGGAUGGCUAUCAACCCCCCUCAAAAAUGCUUGAUUUGUAAUGAUGAGGUUACAGAAGCCGACUAUAGAAGAGAAUUGACAUGUAGUUAUGUAUCAUGUCCGAGCACCGAUCAUGGAUACCAUGAAGAUUGCAUUACGUCUUAUCUGAAGAAGCUGAAACUGCCAGUUGAUCGGCUGAUUGGCUAUCAAUGCCCAGUUGUAUUAGAUAAUGGUCGUCCCUGCUCGGGAAAGAUCACCCGCACGCACCACAAGCAGCCACAAAACCAGAAGCGCAAGGCGAAGCGCGUGGAAGAGGCCGCGAUUGCGGCGGCGGCCCCCAAGCCAAAGCCCGCGCCCAAACCAAAGGAGCCCAAGGCGCAGGGCGUGGCAGCAGCGACCUCGGCGAUGCGAUCAGGCGACGGCACCUACAUGAGCAACGCCCACGUGCUUCGCUCCGCCAGCGUCAACAUUAACAACGUCAAGUCAGCGCUGCCAACGGUCAAGGCCGUUCCUCAGGCAGUGGCUCCGGGCGCCGCCGCCGCCGCCCGCAUGGGUGCCAUUGCCGCCAACAGCGCCACGGCUCCGGAGCGGGUGGUGCGCAACAGGCUGGCAGGAGCCGCGGGCGCCAUCCCGGGCUGGGAGCCUGUGGGCAAGUCGGCUCUGGAUCAAAAGCGUGAGCUGGUGGCCAAACUCAAGGCGCAGGCCAAGGCCGAGGCAGGCAAGGGCAACAAGGCGCUGGCAGCCGCAGCUGCCGCCGCCACAGUCGCCCAAGCCGCCGGCCCGGGCAGAGCAGGCGCAGGCGUAGCCGCCCAGCGGGCAGAGUCUGAUGCGGCCAGUGGUGCUGAUGUGGGUCAGGAUCAGCAGGCGGCCGGCUGGGAGGUUGCGCCGGCGCCAGCGGCGACGCCGCGAGAAUUUGAGAUGCAGCAGGAGGAUUUCCCCGCGUUCCCGCUGGGGGCGGGUGCGGGCGGCAGGCGCGGCGCCGGCUCCGUUGCGACGGCUUCAAGUGCGGCGGCCCCUAGCGCCGCCACCGGUGGCCCCAUGGGCAGCGGCAGCAGCGCUGACGACGGGGACGGGGACGAGGAUGAGGAUAGCGAUGUGGACGAGGGCGCGUCGGGCACGGUGGCGGCGUCACUCAGCGAGGAUCCCGAGGCUGCGGCGGCGGCGGCUGCGGCGAUGGCUCUUGACGAGCAGGACCCAAUCGUGGCCACCGACCCCGUGUACAUGUGCGAGGACGGUACGGUGGUGGUACAGGACGGUGCCGGCACCUUCCUGCGCAUGGAGGACGUGUACGGCGCGGCGGCCGAGCUGCGCGGGUUCGCCGACCCCACCACCGGCGCGGUCACCUACGCAGUGGUCAUUCGCCAAAGCCAGAUGGAGUCACAGCAGGCGGCGGCGGCGGCAGUGGCAGCAGAGGCGGCGGAGGCAGAGGCGGCGGUGGCCGCUGUGGCGGCGGCGGAGGCCGCAGCCGCGGCGCAGGCGGCGGCGAUGGUGCAGCAGCAGCAGGCUUUGUUAGACGCAGCGGCGGUAGCUGCAGCAGCAACAGCAGCGGCGGCGGCGGGUGCCGGCGGUCUUCCCGCUGUGGCGUCUUCCGGCGCACUGGGGCGGCCGGCUGUGCCAGUCAGUGUGUUUGCGCCCGCUGCUCCCGCUGCGCCCGCUGCUCCCGCUGCCACUGGCAUGUACGCAAGCGCCCAUGCGGGCGCGUACGCUGCUUUCUACCAGCAGCACGACGAGGAGGAGGAGGGGGAGAUGCACGACCUGAUGGCGCUGCUGGGCGUCACCGCCGAGGCGCCGGCAGGGCCAGCUGCAGCUGCGUCAGCAGCGCAAGCAGCACCCGCCGUGGCAGGCGCAGCCAGCACAGCACUACCGUCGUACCUGGUGCCAGGAGGGGGCGGCGGCGGCGGCUACCCGUACGGCGGCGGCGGCGCGCCUGCGGCGCCGGCAGCGGCUGCCGUGGCGGCUGCGCCGUACUACAUGAAGGCGGGCGGCGCCGCGCCGGCGGUGGCGGCGGCGGCGGCGGAUGACGACGUGGACGACCUGAUGGCGCUGCUGUGCGUGUGAGUGUGAGUGUGUGAGGGCGGCCUGUAGAGUAGUGGAAUUUAGCAGAUGAAGCAGGCGUUGCGAGUGUUUGAUUUGGCAUUUGGUCGGGAAUGUUGGUUGUUGAGGAAGUCGGUUUUGCAGGCUGGCGCGUCGCCUGUGGGCGUCUUGGGGAAGUACUGUUGUUAGGGCAUGGCCGCUGCGAUGUGUCAGCAGGGUUUUUGGCGUGGACAAGGGGGAUUGAUUGGAAUGGUGUGUAAGGUGUUACCGUGUUUGUAGGUGUUCCGGUGGUUGGGGCAUGGUAGCAGUAGUAUCGCUGUAAGUGUUUGGGGCUGGCGGCAGAGGUGUACGAGCCUCCACUAGCCUCCCCACCUGGGGCUGAGCCCGGACUACGGCUGGCUGGGGCGCCAGGUGGAGUCGCUAGCACAAACAGCGCGGAUUUACUGGUCUCCAUGAGCAUUUAAGGCAUGUGGUGGUUCUUGACCGCAGUUUAAUGCAGGCGAUGUUGCGGCAACGGUGCGCCCGCUGCCCCCUGGGCCGGCGAGUGACACAACACGGAUUCUGCAGCACUGCGCAACGGGCCUGACGCACCGCCUGCCAAUUUGUAAAAUAUAUAAUAA